UGACCUCGAACUGUCCGUCGUCCUUGAUGAGAAAUCGAACAUGAGUUGAACUGACUACGCACUGUACAACUCGGUAGUUAAUGAUUGGAGUUUCCAUUUCCGUAAUUGUGUGUCUUAAACCAUUUGUAAGCUAUCUUGUACCGCACGACAGCGUCUAAUUUUAUUAUGUCGGGAAAGUCAAUAUUAUUUGCAUUCCAUCGCUGUUUUACAGCAAGGCGUGUGGAAAGGAAAAUACUGUCACAGAGCAAGUCUCUAUGGAACAACGAAAUUGAUAAAUCAUCUAGAUGUGGCGCAAUUAAUCUGUACCAUUUCCAAGCUGCACUGACAACCUACACCCCCAAACUUCCGAGUCAGUUGAAUUGGCAAAUCAACCAACGUGGACUAUCAUAUAAGGCAGAAACACCAUUUGAAUCGGACGAGUACCCGCCUCUUCCAGAAUACAGAACAGAUCCUGAGCCUCCAAAAAAGGAAGUCUACAUCAUCCUAGCCAAAGGACUUCCAUGGACAUGCACGGCUGUCGAUCUCCUGCACUUCUUCUCCGAGUGCCGAGUCCGUGAUGGGGUGAAGGGAAUCCAUCUGACGGUGAACCGAGAUGGGAAACCGAGUGGACAGGCCUUCAUUGAGGUGGAGCACGAAGAGGAUGUCAGCAAAGCCUUGGAGAAACACAGACAGUACCUUGGGCCCCGCUAUGUAGAAGUGUAUGAAGUGACUGAUGGUGAUGCUGAGGCCAUCCUGAAAAAGUCCGUUCAGCUCCCGGCCGAGGAUGGUGUAGUGCGCCUCCGAGGCCUUCCCUACAGUUGCACUGAAGCAGACAUUCUCUUUUUUUUCUCGGGUUUGGAUGUCGUCAAAAACGGAGUUACUUUUGUCACAGAUGGCAAAGGGAGACUUAAGGGGGAGGCGUUCGUGCAGUUCUCCUCCCACGAGAUGGUUCAAGAAGCCCUUCAGAGAGACCGGGAGCUCAUUGGGAACAGAUAUAUUGAGGUGUUUCCUAGUCAGAAAGGGGAAAUUCUCAACAGGCGCAGGGCGGAGCCCACAUCGAGCCGAACCAGUCCUUCCUCUCUCCCCAGGAGACACGACAAGGACGCACAUACAAACCCAAGAACCGGACACGCGCCUGCUUCGGCCCUACACUACGUCCAUAUGAGAGGACUGCCCUUUCAUGCCACGGGAGAAGACGUUGUUGAGUUCUUCUCUCCUUUAGCGCUGUCCAGAGUCCUCCUCGAGUGCGGCCCUGACGGCCGGCCCAGCGGAGAGGCGGAAGUUUUCUUCACGUGUCACAAAGAUGCUGUCUCUGCCAUGUCGAGAGACAAGGCCCGUAUUGAUGAGCGAUACAUCGAGUUGUUCCUGAAUUCGGCACCAGUGGAAGAUCAGGUGUAACAGUGUGGUGGGGAGAAGGUUGGAGAUGCUGGCUCCUUAUCUCGUGUCUCCUUGGCCCCUUUCACUUGUUUUCUAGUGGUGCUCUGUGUGGGAGCUCUGUGUGCCUCCCAAACAGAACCACCAGGAUACUUGGUCCAAAGAAAUACAUCCAAAGAAUGGGGUCGAACACAUGACAUCAUUAGAAGCCAUCAUUAGGUUAUUAAUAAUGAAUUUGCGAAGUUUGCUAGCAUAGCUAAUUUAAGAUGACCAAGUGAAAAUGUUCAAACUUUGCUGGUGUACUGUAGGAAAACCGUGAAAACAAGUGAAACCUGAUGUAAAUCCUAGAAUCUGAUUUACAUCAAAAACACAAAGGAUUGGAUUGUGCUUUUUAGGCUGACCUUAUGACAUUAAGGACCAUCUUGACAAAGCAGUUGCAAUCGUGUACUGACUGUGACGAAUGGUACUGGAAAAACAGAAAUUGUUGUUGGUAGAACAUCAAUGGGAUCCUGUGGAAUGUGUUAUAUGUGUUAUGUAAUAUAAUGCUUAAGUCAUUGAAUAUCUAGCUGGCUCGAUUUCAUGAACCCAAAGUCACAUCUGGCCGGUGUAGAUGACAGCACCUGCAGCCAAUAUUCAACCCAGAAGGAUGAUAGAAUGAAGAUGAGAUGUCAGAUGAAACUGACAAUUUCUGAAUUCCAGUAAUGCGUCCUUCAAAUUCAUUCUGUCCAAAGUUGUACUACAAGGCUGUAACACACCAUGUCUUGGCUGAAUAAAUAAAAAUAAAAAAUCUAA